CACAACUUCCUCGUUCCCCCCAAACCGGCUUCCUUCACAUUUGUCUCCUUUUCUCUCUUCUCACUCCUUUUCCUUCUUAUUUCUUGUUGGCGGUAGAGAGGCCAGCUCUUUCACUAUUAAACAUAAACAAUAAGUCGCGUUUAUUUGUUCCUCACUUUCCGGCCUGCGCAGACACCAGCAGCAUUCUGGUCCUAUCCAAACUUGAGAACAGCACCAGCUCCUGUUAAGGACUGUCUGUUUUCAUCGGUCACCGCAGCCCCCAUGUUACGAUACUUGGGAGCCACGCUGUUCUUCACCUCUUCGCUUUCUACUAGUCUUGCGGAAGCGCGCAAUACUUCGGUAACGCUCGAUAAAGAUUUGCUUCAAACUCAACAUCUCUGGAGCUUGGAUAACCGGCCGGCCGAAUGUCCGCCCUGCUUUAACUGUUUGCUCCCAGCCUUUAACUGCAAGCAGUUUGCUGAGUGCAGCUCUCACGAUGGGAAGUGUGAAUGCCCUCCAGGUUUCGCAGGGGAUAACUGUUUGCAACCGCUUUGUGGUUCCCUCGCUGGCGACCAACACCGGCCACUGAAGGGUGAUGGCCCAUGUGAGUGCGACGAAGGGUGGAGCGGAAUCAAUUGCAAUGUUUGUCAAACCGAUAAUGCUUGCGACGCCCUUAUGCCUCAGGGUGUCGACGGCGUGUGUUACAAGCAGGGCAUUGCAGUCAAGCAAAACUUUCAAAUGUGCGAUGUAAGGAAUCGGAAAAUUCUCGAGAUGUUGAAGAAAAAUCCUCAAGUGACCUUUUCUUGUGAUAAGGGAUCCGCGCAGUGUACUUUCCAAUUUUGGGUUGAUCAGCUACAGACAUCACCUGAUAGAAAUAUUACCGACUACGAAUGCACAAAUGUUAAGUGCGAGUGUAUUCCGGGACGAACCCUGUGUGGCGAGGGUGGCACAAUUGAUCUUAGUGAAUUCUUGACCGAGGGAAUUACUGGACCAGCGACCUUCUCGUGCGAUUCUUCGAAACCGGAUGAUCAGUGCUUGUUCUCAGAAAAGGCUAUGAAUGAAGUCAUCUCCUCAAUUUUUGGGGACGAAAACAUCCUGCUGAACUGCGACACCGGAGAGUGUUUGCAUCGAUCGGAGGUUCCUGGAUAUACUAGACCGAUCAAAACUAUUAACAAACCUCUCAUCGCUGGAGUCAUUUCCGGAGUUGCUCUCUUUAUUGUAACAGCGAUUCUAGGUUUAUGGUACUUGAGCCGGCGCGCAGGACAACGCAAUGGAUUAGGGUCUAUCCAUCUACCAGAUGAUGACGACGAGGGUACAAGACUUAUGACAGAGCACUGGCCAGCGGCGCUGCACUUUGAUAAGCUUUCCUAUUCUCUUAACGAAAAGCGAAUUCUGAAGGAUGUUGCUGGUGCGGUCAAUCCGGGCCAGGUUAUGGCUAUCAUGGGUCCUUCUGGAGCCGGGAAAACAACGUUUUUGGAUAUUUUGGCCUGCAAGAACAAGCGUGGUGUUGUUGGUGGUAAUAUCUAUGUCAAUGGCUCUCUUGUCUCGGAUGAGGAAUAUAGGGAGGUCAUUGGAUUCGUCGAUCAGGAAGAUACCAUGAUGCCAACACUCACCGUUUACGAAACCAUUCUCAACUCAGCACUCCUCCGGCUUCCCAGGGAAAUGAAUUACCAGGCAAAGAAUCGGCGUGUUAUGGAAGUUAUGGGGCAACUGGGCAUUUUGGGAAUCAAGGACCAAAUCAUUGGCACCUCCGAGGACAACGGCCUUCGUGGUAUCUCUGGUGGUGAAAAGCGGAGAGUAGGAAUUGCCUGUGAACUUGUCACCAGCCCCAGUGUUCUGUUCUUGGAUGAGCCUACAAGCGGCCUUGACAGUUUUAAUGCAUAUAACGUGGUCGAAUGCCUGGUCAAUCUAGCAAGGAAUUACAAGCGUACUGUGGUCUUUACGAUUCAUCAGCCGAAGAGUAAUAUUGUUGCGCUUUUUGACCAGCUGGUUCUAUUGGCAAAAGGUCGAUGUGUCUAUUCCGGCCCGUUUGAUAAGUGCCAGAGAUAUUUCGAUAAGCUUGGCUACCCAUGCCCUCAAGGCUUCAAUAUUGCUGAUUAUCUGGUUGACUUGACGAUGCAUGCUGAACAGAGGCGAUCUACACCCCGCGAAGAGCCCUUGAUUGAGGCUAGUGAGGCGCCCAUUCCCGUCAGCCCUAGGCCAUCACCGAGCGUUAUGAGUGAGAGUGCUAGCGCCGAUUGCAGUCCAAGGAAGAAGUUUCGUAAGAGAGGUGAUUCGAUUCGAGCUCUACAAGAAAGGCAGCUUUUCACACGAAGACGUUCUGAGUUCGCAUCUGGUGGUGCCGAAGAGGUUAUGAUGUCAGAUUCUUUGGAGAAUACACGCGCUUGGAGAGACUCUAGCGAACCUCGGCAAAGCCUCGAAGAGACUGAACAUCUUCUUCCGCCUGUUGCCCAAAGUGGGACUGAUGCUACCGACCUAGACGUCUUGAUCGCGGCCUAUAAAGAUUCGGAUGUGGCAGUUGGUGUCAGGGACGAAAUCGAAAAUGCUGCACGCGUUACCCUCAACGGCGCCAUAGACGGCAACGCUAACGGUAACGCGGACGAUCACGGGGUCUCUGGAGCAAUGAAAGGUUUCAGGAGGGUUGGGUGGAUUGGACAAUUUGCUAUUUUGAGUCGAAGGACUUGGAAGAACUUGUACCGGAACCCACUUUUGAUGCUUGCUCACUAUGCGAUUUCUAUUCUUCUUGGAGUUCUUUGUGGAUACCUUUUCUUUGGCGUUAGAGAUGAUAUCUCUGGAUUUCAGAACCGCAUGGGAUUAAUUUUCUUCGUUUUGGCACUUUUCGGGUUCAGCACGCUUACGAGCCUGAACGUAUUUGCCGCGGAGAGAACCCUAUUCUUGAGAGAGCGCGCCAACAGGUACUACACACCGGUCACAUACUUUGCUGCCAAGGUCACGUUUGAUAUCGUUCCAUUGAGGGUCAUCCCGCCUAUCAUCAUGGGGGCAAUACUCUAUCCGAUGGUUGGCUUCGUUGCUGAAUGGCCCGAGUUCCUUAAGUUCAUGCUGGUCCUCAUCUUGUUCAACUUGGCUGCAUCCGCUAUCUGCCUUUUCAUUGGAAUAGUGUUCAAGGACACCUCCUUAGCGAACCUUGUCGGCAGCUUGGUCAUGCUGUUCUCACUCCUAUUCGCCGGAUUGCUCUUAAAUCACGACAGUAUUCCAAAGGGGGCACUCUGGCUACAAGCCGUCAGCAUCUUUCACUACGGUUUCGAAGCGUUGAUCGUGAACGAAGUCAGAUAUCUAAGCCUCUACGAACACAAGUUUGGCCUUGACAUCGAAGUCCCUGGAGCAACUAUCCUGAGCACGUUCGGCUUCGACAGUUUGGCCUAUUGGAAAGACGUCAUCAACCUUGGCAUCUUUGCAGGAAGUUUUAUAAUACUAGCGUACGCAGCUAUGCACUUGCUACUUGUUGAGAAGCGAUGAUGUGCCUGUCAUUUUGUUAUAUCUCCCAUCUUCCGGGCAGACAUGCAGGCACAUAUAACAUGCGCAGGAAGCGAUGGAAUGGCAUGAGAUGUAUAAUGGGUUGCGGGUGCAAAGACAGUGGAUUGAAGGAUUUACCUUGAGAAUCACAGCAUCAAGAAUAGAUAUGUUUACAAGUACAGUACUCUAGAUGGUGGGGGCGGGUACAAACAACCGCUGGAAAUGAUAUAUCGGGGUCUGCCUUUUUGCUUGUUUUUUGUAAGUAGCAUUUUUCUUCUACGUAAAUAGGAGUUGGGAUGGGGGAUUUUAUUUCUUUCUCUUUCUCCUCUCUUUUUCUUUUUUCGCUCACAGUCAUGUGCUUUUAAUUCACCAUACAUACUCGAGCACAUAUGCAGUAGCCUGCUCUACUUUGCCUAGACGAUAGACUACCGUGUAAUGCGGUACUGUACUCGAGUACUUGCAUUGUACUUGAGGCCCCCUUCAUCCUCGACGGUUGUCUAUUGUCUCCGUAAUGGUGUUGCCUUAUUGAAAGAUAUUUUUAUGAAGUUGAUUGUUAAGGUUUAAGUCAGGAUCUUGAUUAUUACAUUACAGUUACCUGGACAUAGCGGUUGUCAUGUGACAGUGGUUGCCGUGUGACAGGACGCGGCAGAGAUCUUUUUAUCCUACCUUUCUAAGAACUAAUAUUUAUCC